AUGACGGGUUUUAAUUCUUGGUUGACGCCCGCGCUCUCUGUUGCAGUGGGGCCCCCCGAGGGCUUGCAGCGUCUGCCCGUGCUGGUGUUCGUGCACGGCGAGUCGUACGAGUGGAACGCGGGCAACCCGUACGACGGCUCGGUGCUGGCCAGCUACGCCUCGCUCGUGGUCGUCACCAUCAACUACCGCCUCGGCAUCCUCGGCAGGACUGCUGUGACCGCAUACGCCACUGACAGUUCGUAUAAACGCGUACCACUAAAGAAGAACCUGGAGCAGACGACUAAUGAGCCGAAUGAAGGCUUCCUCAACGCGAACGCGGCGCCGCGGCUCAAGGCGCGCGUGGCCAACUACGGGCUGAUGGACCAGAUCGCGGCGCUGCACUGGGUGCAGCAGAACAUCGCGGCGUUCGGCGGCGACCCCGGCCGCGUGACGCUGGCCGGCCACGGGACUGGCGCCGCCUGCAUCCACUUCCUCAUGGCGUCGCCCGCCGUCACGCCAGGCGUGGAAACUAGAGCGGGGCGAGUGACAUUUGUACAUGGUGCUGUUGGAGAAUGCCCUCGCUUGAGAGACACCGGUCGGGUCCUCUGUAGCACUGAACCGUGUUGUGAUGUGUUGUCGGCUACGAGUGGGCGUGUUCCAGCGCGCGGCGCCUGCUGUCGGGGUCGGCGCUGGCGUCGUGGGCGCUGGUGGAGCGGCCGGGCGGGCCUUCGCCGUGCGCUGGCGCGCCGCUCGACUCGCCCGUGGCCAGCGACCUGCUGCGCGAGCACGAGCGGCUCGUCGACUGCCUGCGCGCGAGGCGCCGCUGGAGCGCCUGCUGGGCGCCGACGUGACGGCGCCGGCUUCCUGUCGGCGUUCGGCCCCGCGUGGAGCAGGCGUGGUCAUCCGCGCCGACUUCUCGCGCGAGCUGCUGCUGGGCGCGCCGCCGCAGUCCUGGCCGGGGCCGCGGGCGCGGCGGGCAGGGGCUGCCCGGCGGGGCCCGGCGGGCCAGCGGCGGCGGCGGCGGCCCGCGGCCCGCGGCCCAACAAGCGCAGCCCGCCAGGGCUCGGGGACGCGGUGAGUGCCUUCUCACGUAUCUCCUCCACCUUCUUUUCAUGA